AUGCCGCAACAUCAACUUGCGAUGGAUGCUGCGGCAUCUACAUCAUGCGAAGUCCCAUUUGUCGAGUCGAAAGAAGAUGUUUGUAUGCCCGAUGCUCCUGCGAAGCGAGUGGGCAAGAAAUCGCGGUGGAUCUCAUCUCCUUAUACGAUGCUGAAAGGCAAAAAGAAGGACAAGAAAGUUGUUGACCAAAUGCCCUCAUCGAUGCCCACAACGUCCAUUGAAGACGUUGCUCAAUUGUAUGAUGCUGAUCGGUUACCCAUGGUACGUUUAUCGAUGCUAGAGUAUUUGUUUCCUGAAAAGGAGUUUUGGGGCCAACUGUUGGGCAGACUUUCUUCAGGGUAUUUGGGAAAUGAGGAAGAGGCGGUGAGAGCAGAGGAAGAGAGGGUGAGAGUAGAGCAAGAGAGGGAGAAACAAAGAAAACGACAGGAGGCGAGGAAAAAGAAAAUAGAGAGGGAGAGGAAGAAAAAGGAAGAAGCAGAGCGAGUAGAGCAAGAGAGAUUGGCUGAGUUUGCUCGUGUACAAGCAGAGGAGGAGCGAACAGAAAAAGCUCGACAGGCAGAGAUAGCUCGUCUGAGGGAAGAGGCCAGACUCAGAGCAGAAGCAGAAGCUCCUCGAAACUUGGCCCAAUCCUCUAGUCCUAACCAAGGGGAUGACCAAGACCACUUCGACGAUGUUGCAGGUCAUAUACAAGUGAGGAGAAAGGUGGCGAGCUUCACAUCCGAUUUCAACAACAAAGCCACAGAAGCAGCGGAGGCCAUCAAAGUCUCUCUAGCCAAGUUCAAAUACCACUCGGACGUCGAGGUUCGACGGGUUGGUGAUGCAGUCGAAGAUCUCCUCAAAGUCUUUGAGGAGAGGAUCAAGUCUAUGCCUCAAGUAGAGGAGCAGAGGCGAAAAAGACGAAUGGAUCCCUCUCCAUGUGCUGAGCCAUUGAAGAGGAGACGACUUGACGAUGAUGAGGACCCAGACCAGUCUGGUCCUCAAAAUCGGCCAGAGGGGGAGAACUAUUCAACAGCCAUUCCAAGUGCUACACCUAUGGCUUCCCCCUCUGCACCAACGUCCUCUGCCCCACACCAACCAACGCAAGAUCCUUCAAGGCAGAGGGCAUAG